GUGAGCCAGGAUCCCACCACGGCACUCCAGCUUAGGCGACAGAGCCAGACUGUGUCUCAAAAACAGGAAAGAAAACAAAAGAAAAUUUGGACUAUUGCCAAUUACAAAUAUUUUUAGAGAAUUCAAAACAGUAACUGUGGAUGAUGGAAACAAUAGUUAUGAUAAAAGUCUGAUGAAACUUCCCAGUUCACAAGGAAAUUUAAUUACUUAUGUGCAGCAUUUUAAGACAGUAAUCAGAAUCAUGACUGACAGCAUCACAUCAGGACCACCAGACUUUUAUAAAUUUCAUAUAAUCUUCAGAAAUAAUUAAUAACUUUUUUUUUAGAUAGAUUCUACCUCUGUUGCUCAGGUGGGAGUGCAGUGGCAUGAUCUUGACUCACUGCAUCCUCCGCCUCCUGUGUUCAAGCAAUUUUCCUGUCUCAGCCUCCCGAGUAGCUGAGACUACAGGCAUGUGCCACCAGGCAUGGCGAAUUUUUGUAUUUUUAGUGGAGACAGGGUUUCACCCUAUUACUCAGGCUGGUCUCGAACUCCCAACCUCAGGUGAUCCACCUGCCUUUGUCUCCGAAAGUGCUGGGAUUACAGGCAUGAGUGACGGUGCCCAGCCAUUCAUAACAUGUUUAUACAAAUAUAACUUUAACAAAUAUUUAGUAUAACUAUCAAAAUUACAAAUCAUAACAUAUUAAAUUUGUAUAAAUGUAUGUAAUUUUUGGAACAUGUAUAUCAACAACAUACCCAUAAAUAUAACUGAGAUGAGAUCUAAUGUCACCUCACUUGACAGUGCCCUCCCAUGCAGUAUCACCACAUUUGACAAUGCCCGCCCAUAUAAUCUACCAAAUAAAUCGAAUCACUUAAUACCUCUACAAGAUGAGAGAUACAUUCUUUAGACUCCCGAAGGGACGCAGCUGAAAAAUCCCAAAGUUAAUUUUAAGCCAAAAAGACCUGAUUUAGGAUUUUGACACUGGAGAAACCCAUCAAAGAUGUCAAGUUUGAAAACACUUGAUCAAAACAGAAUCACAGGUCACUAUUAAAAAGGGUAUUCAUUUAACCAGAGACUUCCAAAGCAAUACAGAAACUUACAUGGAUAUAAAAACCUUAACCCUUUUAAAGGUCAGAUUUGCUAAGUGAUCAAAAGGGGUACUUGAAUUGAAUCGACACAGGAAGAGUGUGUACAGGGUUGUGAGUGUAGGCAAAUGGUUACUUUGGUCAUAUCUCCAUUUGCCACCUGAUUACACAUGAGAAUGGCAUCUUUACUCACCAGAAAGCCAGUAUUAUGGGAGGUGUAGGAGGCAUUCUUGGACUUGAGACAAGAACAUUGUUGUGUAGAAAUUUCAUUGACUGUGUUAAAAUUAUUCUCCAUGGGCUGGAGAACACAUAACGUGGUGUUUAGAAUGCGACGGGCAUUGAUUGGAUGCAAGGUCUCCACACUUACUAGCUGUGUGACAUUGGACAAAGUGCUUCAUCAUUCUGAGACUCAGUUUUUAAAGGAAAAACAACUAACUACCUUGCAAGCUUGCUAGCAGGUUUAAGUGUAAUAAUGUGUGGGAAUGACUAACACGUAGUGACAGCUUAAUUAAUGUUAACCCUUAUCAUUAUCAUAUAAGAAUGUGAGUUACAUAAGAGAGGAAUCCUGUCAGUUCAUUCUCUGCUGUGUCCCCAAGACCAUGAAUCAUGGCUGGCACGUAGUAGGCAUUUAAUAAUAUUUGUUCAACAAGUAUUUGGCAGUCUUGGAGGGCAGAAAAGGAGGUGGGGAAGAUUUUUAAAAAACAUUUUUUAAAAAGUCACAUUGUCCUACAAUACCAAUUUUUCUUGCAUAUUUAGGAAAUUGAGGGUUUUUUCCUAAAACAUGCGGACAUAUGGGAAAUAGGAUGCAACAUUUGCACUAAUGUUUCAGACACAGUUAGAGGUUUCCAAGAGAUUUUGCGCUGGGGAGGCUGCUUGCUACAAGCUCCCAAAGCUCUGGGAGGACAUAGUAUUCAUUCCUCCCUCAGCAGAAGUGGUGAGGCAAGAAGCUCUGGGGAGCACCCAGCCUUGGACUUUUAGCAUAGUGUGUCAGGUCUUCAUAGUUUGGGCCCAGGGCACAGAGAAGUCACAGCUCUCUGGCAUCCUGUGACCUUUACCCUCUUUGCCAAGGGAAAAUGUGGCCCUCCAAAGCAAGAAACUUGAGGGCAUGGGUCACCCCAGCCCUGGCAUCUGCCCAGAGCCCGAGAAGGAAGGAACAAUGAUCCUCCAGCUACCUCACAGGGCUGGCCACUGCCCUGGCAUCACCCAGCUGUGUUCGGCAGCCUGAACCCCAUCUGUGGGGAUGUGAGGAGGAAAAUACAAAAGUCCUUAGGUGAACACUGAGAAGGCAGAUGCAGCAGAAGCCUCCAGGCCAGAACUACCCAGUCUUGGACCUAUGGUGGAGAUACAGCAUAGCUGGCGAUCAUGUGUACUUACACUGUAAGGUCACCUGGUUGCACUAUGGCCUCAUCUGUGGCUCUGAAAAUGAAGAUUUGGAAGGAGAUCAUCACAGCUAAUGUUUAACAAGCCCCUCCUGUGUGCCAAAUCAUUCACCCCUCACAACAACCGAAUGAGCUAAGGAUUCUCGUUAUAUAUAGUUUAUGGAGAAGGAAGUGCAGACAUAAAGAGGUGAAUUAUCUUACCCAGAUCAUACAGCUGAUAAGUGGUGGAGGCAGAAUAGAACCUAAACAGUGUGGCUCCGGAGCCCACAUGCAUUGAUUCGACAAGUGUUUAUUGAGCACCUGCCACGGACAAGGCCUUGUGUGAUUAAAUAGGGUUAUAAUUAGUAAUAUAAAAAUGAGAAAUCACUAAUGCUUUUUAGACUUAACAUUUUCUUUUUUUGUAGGUUUCAGGCACAGAACUGUAUAUCCAAUAAUAGUGAAAUGGAUCCCACUAAUUAUGACCGAAAUGAUGAUACAUUUAAAUGACUUGGAUGUUUUAUGGGUAUGAUCUCGUGAAACCUUGAGAGAAACUGAAUGAUGAAUGAAACUAUUGUUCCUGUUUCACACAGAAGAAAACUGAGGUUAAAAGGGGUUGGCACUCAUCAUGAGCCCCUGUUCUCAUUCUGCAAAUGGUGAAGCUCUCUAUUGUCCUGACCCCACGGUUCCUGUCCCAUGACCAGGGCCAGCUCACCAAGGAGCUGCAGCAGCACGUAAAGUCAGUGACAUGCCAAUGCGAGUGCCUGAGGAAGGUUAUCAAUACUCUGGCUGACCAUCAUCAUCGUGGGACUGACUUUGGUGGAAGUCCUUGGUUAGGUAUCAUUAUUGAAUUUCUGAGAAGUUAUAAAGUUGUCAUUACCCUCUGGACAGUUUACCUUUGGUUGUCUUUCCUGAAGACUAUCUUCCAGUCUGAAAAUGGACAUGAUGGAUCCACAGAUGUACAGCAGAGAGCCAGGAGGUCCAACCGCCGUAGACAGGAAGGAAAUAAAAUUGGCCGGAAAGACGUCAUUACUCUACAGAGACAUGUGAAAACAAAAGUUAGAGCUAAAAUCCAUAAGAUGAAGGUGACAACGAAAAUCAACCAUCAUGACAAAAUCAAUGGAAAGAGGAAGACCGCCAAAAAACAGAACAUGUUUCAACCUGCGCAAGAGUUGCGGCGGCGGGCAGAGGACUACCACAAAUGCAAAAUCCCCCCUUCUGCAAGAAAGCCUCUUUGCAACUGGGUCAGAAUGGCGGCAGCGGAGCAUCGUCAUUCUUCAGGAUUGCCCCACUGGCCCUACCUCACAGCUGAAACUUUAAAAAACAGGAUGGGCCACCAGCCACCUCCUCCAACUCAACAACGUUCUAUAAUGGAUAACUCCCUGAGCCUCAAGACACCUCCCGAGUGUCCGCUCCAUCCCCUUCCACCCUCAGCGGAUGAUAAUCUCAAAACGCCUCCCGAGUGUCUCCUCACUCCUCUUCCACCCUCAGCUCCACCCUCAGCGGAUGAUAAUUUCAACACGCCUGCCAAGUGUGUGCUCCAUCCCCCUCCACCCUCAGCGGAUGAUAAUCUCAAGACACCUCCCGAGUGCCUCAUCACUCCCCUUCCACCCUCAGCUCCACCCUCAGCUCCACCCUCAGCGGAUGAUAAUCUCAACACGCCUGCCGAGUGGUGCUCCAUCCCCCUCCACCCUCAGCGGAUGAUAAUCUCAAGACACCUCCCGAGUGUCUCAUCACUCCCCUUCCACCCUCAGCUCCACCCUCAGCUCCACCCUCAGCGGAUGAUAAUCUCAACACACCUGCCAAGUGUGUUCUCUAUCCCCCUCCACCCUCAGCGGAUGAUAAUCUCAAGACACCUCCCGAGUGUCUCAUCACUCCCCUUCCACCCUCACCUCCACCCUCACCUCCACCCUCAGCUCCACCCUCACCUCCACCCUCACCUCCACCCUCAGCUCCACCCUCACCUCCACCCUCAGCUCCACCCUCACUUCCACCCUCACCUCCACCCUCAGCUCCACCCUCAGCUCCACCCUCACCUCCACCCUCAGCUCCACCCUCACCUCCACCCUCAGCUCCACCCUCACCUCCACCCUCAGCUCCACCCUCACCUCCACCCUCAGCUCCACCCUCACCUCCACCCUCACCUCCACCCUCACCUCCACCCUCAGCUCCACCCUCAGCGGAUGAUAAUCUCAAGACACCUCCCUUAGCUACUCAGGAGGCUGAGGCAGAAAAACCACCCAAACCCAAGAGGCCGAGGGCCGAUGACGUGGACCCAUCAUCGCCCGAACCCAAGAGGCGGAGGGCCGAUGACAUGGACCCAUCAUCAUCCAAACCCAAGAGGCGGAGGGCCGAUGAC